GGGAGGGAAAGAAAGGAAGAGUGAAGUGGAUUAAUCAAAGACUGAUGAAUUAGUUUUUUUACGCAGCGGGAUGGAUUUUUUCAUAUCUUUGUGGCACGAACAGCCCGGCAAGACAACGCAAUUAUUCUUCUUAUUAUAGAAGUUGGUCCAAAAAGAACUAGUGAGCGGAGGAGGAGGAUAAAAGAAAGGAGCCUGCGACCAGCUCAAGUCAACUACAGUGAAGAAGAGUGCGGAAGGUUUCCCCCGGACCUCAGGCAGGCGGUCCGCAGAGAGCGAUAGCGACCAGGUAAGAAGGGAUAAAUCAAACACCCACGCUGCGAGGCGCACCGCGCCACGACGCACCGAUUAGGAAGAGGCAGCUCCGAGGCAGACAGAGCGGGAAGGAGAGAGAGGCGAGAGGAAAGGAAAGGAGCCAUGCAGAGGCUUGGUGCAGUGCACUCCUCCGCGGCGCAGGCUCUCAGCCUCGUGGUCUUAGUGCUGCAGCUGCUGACUCAGCUACCGGGUGCCGACUCAGCUCUCCGGUACCGGGUGGCGGAGGAGGGCCCACCUGACGUCAAGAUUGGCAACGUGGCCGCAGACUUGGGUCUCACGGCGGGUACGGGCAGCGGGGAUGUCACCUUCGCCUUGGAGAGCGGCUCAGAGUUCUUCAAGAUUGACAAUGUGACAGGUGAGCUGACGACAGGCCCGCGGCGCAUCGACAGAGAGAAGCUCCCACAGUGCCAGAUGAUCUUUGAUGAGAAUGAGUGUUUCUUGGACUUUGAGGUGUCAGUGAUAGGGCCGCUGCAGAGUUGGGUGGACCUGUUUGAAGGCCGCGUGGUCAUAACAGACAUCAAUGACAACACACCUUCCUUCCCCUCACCUGUGCUCCAGCUCUCAGUUGAGGAGAAUCGCCCAAUAGGAACCCUUUACCUGCUGCCCACAGCCACUGACAGGGAUUUUGGACGGAAUGGCAUUGACCGGUACGAGCUGAUCCAGGAUGGUGGAGCUGGGUCAAGUUCAACAAGACGCACAGCAGGAGGAAACCCCAUUACUAGAGUAGAUGGACUUGGGGACCGGAGGGGUAGAACUGGAGAUAAUGGAGGAGGAGCCAGGAGCACUGUGUUUGAACUACAAGUUGCAGAUAUACCAGAUGGUGAAAAGCAACCACAGCUCAUUGUGAAAGGUACAUUGGAUCGUGAGCAAAAAGACUCCUACGAGCUCGUCCUCAGGGUUCGAGAUGGAGGGAACCCACCACGAUCCUCUCAAGCACUGCUACGUGUUUCCAUCACUGAUGUGAAUGACAACAGCCCACAGUUCGAGAGGUCCACCUAUGAGGCCGAAAUGGCAGAAAAUGCUCCUCCGGGAACACCUGUCCUCCAGGUCAGAGCUUCUGACCGUGACAUUGGAGUUAACGGGCAGGUGGAGUACGUCUUUGGAGCUGCCACCGAAUCCGUCAGGCGACUCCUUCGGCUGGACGAGGCAACUGGUUGGCUGAGUGUUCUUCACAGGAUUGACAGGGAAGAAGUGGCUCAACUGAGGUUCACAGUAAUGGCCCGAGACCGAGGUCAGCCACCCCGCACCGACCGCACCACCGUGAUUUUGGCUGUGCGGGAUGAAAACGACAACGUCCCAGUCGUAGAGAUCCGAAAGAUCGGACGGAUCCCCGUUCGAGAUGGAGCAGCAUUGGUUCCAGAGAAUGUCCUGGUGGACACACCUGUAGCUCUGGUGCAGGUGUCAGAUCGAGACCAGGGAGAGAACGGGGCUGUGACGUGCACCGUUGUGGGAGACGUCCCAUUCACAUUGAAGCCAGCUGGUGAAACAGCACUCCCACCUCUACCUGCAGAUGAAGCCUUUGACAGGAAUAAGAAAAAAUACUUCUUACAUACUUCUGCCUUGCUGGACUAUGAGACCACCAAAGAGUACAGUGUUACUAUUGUGGCAGUAGAUUCUGGCAGCCCCAGUCUGUCCAGCAACAGCUCCCUGAUGGUGCGAGUCGUAGAUAUCAAUGACCAUGCUCCAACCUUUGCCCAGAGCGUCGUGGAGGUCCACUUUGCCGAGAACAACUCACCUGGUGAAAGGGUGGUCACUGUUGUAGCCACAGAUGCAGACAGUGGCAAGAAUGCAGAGAUUGCAUACACCCUGGAUCCAGCUGGUAAUGGGCCGUUUUACAUAGACGCAGAUAAUGGAGAUAUCCGUGCCACCGGUGUUCUGGACCGUGAGCAGCGAGAGAGGUAUGAACUCCGGGUUAUUGCCAAGGACAAGGGCACCCCAUCUCUGCAAGGCUCUGCCACUGUUGUCGUUCAGGUGACCGACCGCAAUGACAACGCUCCAAAGUUUGUCCAGGAAAUCUUUACUUUCUACGUGAAAGAGAACCUGCUUGCCAACAGCCCAGUUGGCAUGGUCACUGUGACCGACGCCGAUGAAGGCGAGAAUGCAGAACUUAGCCUGUUCGUAGAGAUGGAUGGAGUUGAUGAGAAGAAGGCGGGAGAGAAGGCAGAAGGGGAAGAUGGUGAGAAGGAGCAAGAAGAGGUGUUUUCCAUUGAGAACAACACAGGAACUAUCUUCUCUUCGGCAUCGUUUGACCGUGAAAAGCUUUCCACCUACACCUUCCGCGUCCGGGCAGUGGAUGGAGGAGAGCCACGCAAAACUGCCACCGCCACUGUCUCACUCUUUGUGACAGAUGAAAACGACAACGCCCCCUCAAUCACCUCUCCAGCCAAUGAGUCCUACACUCUCCUUCCACCUGCCAGCAGCGCCCGCACCAUUGUCAGGACUGUGACAGCCAUAGAUUCAGACACCGGCCCGAAUGCAGACCUUCGCUAUGCUCUUGUGGGGGGAAAUCCCUUCAGACUGUUUGAGAUUGGCCACACCAACGGAGUCAUCACUCUGGCAGAACCUCUGGAGCGGCGCCACAGAGGUCUUCAUCGCUUGGUGGUCCGGGUCAAUGACAGCGGCGCCCCCUCUCUCUGUGCCACUGCCCUGGUUCAUGUCUUCAUCAAUGAGAGCUUGGCCAACGCAACCCUAGUGGAUGCACAGGUGGCCCGAAGCCUGAUGGCUCCUCUUUCGUUGGACAUCGCCGGGGAUCCAGACAGCGAGCGUGCAUUGGGGAAACAACGCCUCAGUGUAGCUAUCGGUGUCCUGGCGGGAGCCGCAGCUGUUAUCUUGGUUAUCCUCCUUGUUGUCACGGCUCGACAGUGCGGCGCUCAAGGCAAGAACGGUUACGAGGCCGGUAAGAAGGAGCCAGAGGAGGACUUCUUCAGUCCUCCGGGGGCUCAGCCACAGGCCGGCCGCGGCAGGGGGUCAGACCGUGGACGCAAACCUCGGCGAGACAAACGCAACGGAAGUGGCGGCAGUGCAGUUGCAGGAGGAGGAAAGUCGGACAGGUCACUCUACAGUGGCAUCGUCACAGUCAAUGGGCUGCGUCGCCACGCCAACGACGACGAUGAGGAGGAUUUGAGCAGCGCCAGCGAGCGCCUGGCGGCCCGCUACUGUGUCGUGGACGGUGACCCCGGCAGCCCUCGGAUGGGCGGCGGCAGGAGACACCAGUCGAGCCCAGAUCUGGCCAGGCACUACAAAUCCAGCUCACCUCUCCCCGCGGUGAAUCUGCAGCCUCACUCCCCCCCAGCUGAGGGAAAGAAGCACCAGGCGGUCCAGGAUCUGCCUCCCUCCAACACCUUUGUGGGCAGCGGGGGUUGUGUGGGGAGUGCCGGCUCCAGCAGCAGCAGUAGUGGGGGCAGUGGCAACGCUGAUGCCAUGUCCCUGGGGUCUGACCAGUGCUCAGAAUAUGGCUGCCAGACUGGGAACAAGUACAGCAAACAGGGGACCCUCCGCCGGGUGACCUUCUCGGUAGUGAGCCAGCCCCAGGACGGCGGUUGCUAUGACAGCGGCAUGGAGGACUCGGAGACGCCAAGCAGCAAGAGUUCAUCGGGACCGCGUUUGGGAGCCCUCCCGCUGCCCGAGGAAGGCUACGAGCGGACCACACCGGAGGGCAGCGUGGGAGAGGAGGAGCAUGUGGAGAAUGAUGCCAGACAGCUGCCAGACGUAGCUCUGACAGGAAAAUGUACCAGGGAGUGUGAUGAGUUUGGCCACUCUGACACCUGUUGGAUGCCCGUCCGCCCUUCGCCUCGCCAGCGUCAGCGCCACGGCAGCGACCCCCCGCGGCUCUCCACCUUCGCCCCGGGAGACGAUAACAACAAUCUCCGCGGCAACGACCACGAGAGCGACAGCGAGAGUGCCGGCAGCGCAGGGAGCUCGGAACCGGGGGUGGUCGUCGGCGGAGAAGGUCAGAGGUUACCCUUAGCCAACGGGGAUCCUCUUGGCACCCUGGGCAGAGGAGACCGCAACAGGAACAUGGGCGAUCACAACCGCAACCUUCUUAACCGCAAGAUGACUUCAGCAUCCUACGACACAUUCAGCAGCGCGGGCUUCGGGAGGCGCCAGCAGGAGGAAGACGGAGGUGAAGGCCAGAACCCACCUGAGGUCAUACCGCUGACGCGGACGGGAGGGGACUACAAGACCACGUCCUGCCUCACGCUGUCACGCCGUGAGGUCUACCUGUGACAGCCUUGGCAAUGGCGCAAUCAUCACCACACAACCCUCCCUUUUUCGAAAAAAAAAGAGGGAGGGUUAAGACUUUACUGGCAAGUCAUCAGUUUGGAAGGCCUUUUAAAACCUGUGAAGAUGUGAAAAUGUCAAGACAUUUUCCAAAAGCUGUAUAUCAAAUUGGAACUUUUGGAUUCUGACUAAUAUUUAUAGGCACUUAAACUUAAGCAAGUGAUGGAUCAACUCUACGGGGAGCUGUGACCAGGAGUACUUUCUUUAAAAAAAAAUUUUAAAAAACGUCUUUUUUUAACUACUAGUGAAAGAUGCCUACAGGCAAUCCCAUUACGUCUAUGUGGAGGAGGACAACUUCAUCUCUUCUUUUUACCUGAAUUCAAUGCAUGCCUGCCCCUCUGCCACAGAGGGAUCCGUGUGAAGAAGAAAGACUGAGUAAAUCCUGAUACUAUAAAUACUCACGGUGCAAACAAAAACUUUCACCGAGGAAGAUUUAGACUCAACUGGUGAACGAUCCACUGGAAAAAAAGAAACCACAGAGGUCUUAUCCGGGCAAAGUAGACAAAAAAGAAGUAACGGGUCUUUGAUUGAGUUCUUUGGAUGUAAUUCAAACCAAUCAAACUUUCUAAUGCCUGAUCAACUCGUAUCGUAACAUAAGACGGGGAUAUUAACCAAUCAAACUGCUGAUCCCGUCAUAAACAGAGUAUCAAAGCACCAACAGGACGUGUGGUCACUGUACAGUUACAAGGCAGAAAAAAAAUGUGCUGAUCUCGAUUAUCAGGUAUCGUUCUUUAAAAACAUAAACAAACUGCAACAAUGUGAAAAGACUUUUUUUUCUUUCUUUUUUUACAGUAAUCAAAUGUAACCAGAAUACAAGGUUCUCAUAGAGUGUCAGUAUUGCCACCCUAUUCCGGCGUGUGUGAAAAUAUGUGUUUUAUUAUUUUGCCUCCACACCCAGUCUGUAUGUAUAUAUUGUACGUGUGUAUUUGAUAAACAAAAAAAAAACGGCAGUGUUAUCUCUCUGCUGGCGUCCACCGUUUCAGAGUAUAGACCGAGGCCACGCUCUCGCGGCCUGCAGCGUCCUUACAGUGUUCAUGUAUCAUAAAUGUUCUCUCACACACACACAUGCGCAACACAUAAACACAUGCACGCAUGCACGCACUUACACACGCAGGCCUAAGCAUGUAAACACGAGCUCAUACAGCGCAUUUACCGAAUGUGAACAUGCAUAGGGCCACAGUUUAUGACAUGAUUCAGUGGCUGUGUAACUGUAAAGUAUAUAAUAACUUGCAUUAACUUUCAUUACGGAAAACAUUAAGCACACACGCGCGAACACACAUGCACACAUGCGGCAUAUUAAAACAUAGGUAGAAACCCAAACCCAUAGUAAGAUGUGUGCAGUACGCAAUUCAUAUGCACUAUGUGUGUAUGUGCUCUUAUUCCUGAUUUUUUAACAUAUUGCGUCUCAUUGAACUAGCUGUAGCAUUUUGCCUGCUCCUCUCCAGCCAGUAUUUAAACAUGAAAUGUAUUUAAAUAAUUACUCAUCUCUCCGACUGAUGUGUGGGGCUACAUUAAAGGGAAUUUCAGACAUGACAUCUACUGUAUGUAACGAUAAGAUAAUGUGGGAGAUUUUCUGCAUACUGUAAGUAGGACUCAUAGAAAAACCAAAUUUCUGUAAGGGGAAAAAAAACAGGACUCUGCAUGAAAGAAAGAUAAUGCUAACUUUUUUUCCUCUCUUUUUUAAAAAAACCACACGCCUUUUUGGAUACCACGCCUAUUUGGAUACAUCUGUACUAUAUCUGUAUGCUUAUGGGGAAACGGAGAUAAUGAUGGCAGCAAGGGAGUUAGCUUCAGUGGAUUAAACUGUUCCUUCUUUAUCGCGGAGCAACUUUGGGGUAACCUUGGGCUUUUUCUCUCUGUUUCCACGGCCCCGGAGUUGGCACCAAAGUGUGCCGCAGGCUGUAACAAAAAAAAAAAAAAAGAACACAAUGUAAGUGUGAGCGCAGAGUUCUGCUGCACCCUUUUCACCGCACAGUGCCGACCCGAACACGCCCAUACUGCUGUGCUGAAGCACACAGAUAACAGACUCCUUCACAUUCGUCCUUCCCAGCAGCUACUGCACGACUCCAGACACACUCUGCUGCACUGAGCUGACGAGUGGGUGUGGAUUGAGGCCAGCACAUCUUAAUUCCCAUCAUCAGCGUGUGGUUCAGUGGUGUGAUAGGGAUAAUAGGGUUAGGUCGUCCCUCUGGUCUUAAUGAGUUUCCUUUCUCCUCUCUUCUCCUCCCUUGAUCUGCACUGAUCUCAUUAAUGUCUGGAUAGGUGAAUGUAACACUGCUGUAAAUUGCCAGUAAGUGUGUCUCUUCAUUUUUCUGGUUGUUUUGGAUCAGAUGAGGCGAAGGAGACGUGCUUGUUAAGGGUGUGCUACUAUUAAGUUCAGACAUCCUUCGCUUAGAGUUAUUCAGAAAGGAGAACAACACUCAGGUAAGAUGUUCGACUCGUAAACUAACUACUUGUGGUUUUGGCCACACACAAACCCACACACUGCUGCUGCUCGACUGAAAGAUAACUGAACACGUGGAAGCAGCACCGUGUCCUCUACUUUCAUUUUACAGCGGUAAUUGGGCUGAAAAAUGGGUGCGCUCUACAGUAUGUGCGUGAUUACACUUUGUAUACCUGUAUAUACCUUCAACUUCAUGACUCUGUGACCAACCCCCUUCUUUUAAACCACUGAUGUACUUACUCCCUAAGCCUUCAUUACCCCCCAAAACCCCAACAUGGCUGUUUACUGAGCUCUGUUACUGAUGGACUGUGCUGAGGAUGAAACUCAAGGCCCAACACAAGAGAGUUCACAUUGAAAAAGGGAUUGGUGAAAACAAUCACAACAUCCUGCAGGGUACAUGCGAGACAGAAGGACAACGCUCUUUCUCUGGAAGAAAGACAAGUGUGUCUCAAUCCCUUCGGACGCCGGAAAGGUCUUGAAGGACUAACGUCCAGUUUAUCGGUUUUUUGGAAAGAGACUCUUGACACAGCCCUGCCGCUUCGAAGCGGCAGAUAUUUCUUCAAACUGCUGUUUUAAGGCAGUUCCAUUAUGGCACCUUUCAAACCCUCCUAUCCGGAUUUAAGGGAACUUACUGUACAUGAAUCUGUGUGGGUGUGUAUCUUUUUUUUUUAUACUGCACGUUUAAACAUGAAUAUGUUUCAAUCUUCUGCAAAACAGAGAGGGGAGACGGACAGAGAAGAGCGUUAACGUCUGAGAUCUAUCACCCACUAAUCGAGACAUUUUGCAAAACAGACACUUCAGCGCACAUCAUGCUGUCAUCCCCCUCGUGCUGUCGUUACCCUUAUAGCCAUGUACAGAUAAAAACUACACUGUAGAACAGACAACUGGAAACCAUAACAGACAAUGGCAUGCUUAAGGUCUUCAAAUCUGCACUUGAGAAAAAAAAUGAGAAAAAAAAAAAUGUUAUUUUUAUUUUCCUCUUCUUUGUUUUCGUUUCUUACGGGGGCUGGCUCUGUUUUUUGCUGCUCCCUUCCUGUAAUUACAUAAUGAACUAAUUGCAUUUGCUAUGACGAGGAAGAAGAGGAGCUGUCGAAGAAUGGUUUGGUACGAAGAUGAAUCAUGUAAAAGUUUGACUUUGACAUUAAAAACUUCAAACACUUGUU